CGUGUUUCAAAAUUUAGAAACCAAAAGCCCCACAAAACCCUUCUUCUUCGGCUUCGUCUUCCCCUUAACAUUUCAAACCCUCUGGAGCUAUCUACUUCUAUUCACUUUCCCGCCUCCUUCUCCAUCCCUCUGUCUCUGUCUCUCUGUAAUUGCAGAUUUGUGGGCAGCUAUCUGAGAAGAAAACGACACCAACAGAAUGUGAAAUGCUCGGUAGGGAUGCAGAAGCUUUUACGCAGAAGCAGUCCUGCAGGUCUUAUCCUCUCGUCUCAGGCUAGUCCUGCUCUCUCCCUCCCUUUCUCCUCCAACUUCCUCUCUCUCUACACCACCAACCGACCCAACGGCUUUCACUCUUUCAGCCUCAACAGCAGCACCAGAAAAAAGAAGAACGCUCUUCCUUGUCUGCCUCCAACAUCCCUCGCUUCUCCUCAUUAUUAUUUUCCUUGUCUGAUAAUGCCACCGACAGCAACCCCUAUGCCCUGCGGUGGCUCGGCUUUUGCUGCUUAUUUAUCGAAAAACCCGACGCGGAAUACGUUGGCCGCCCGGUUUUCCUCUUCUAGCUACAGCACCUGCCGCUGCGCAGUUGAUGUGAAAAUUCCGUCUCGUGCCUGGGUGGGCCGGACCGUGACUAGGUCCUCAUGGUCUCAUGCCGGUACGCAGGACGGGCCGGGGCUUCCGGCGGCAACAGCAGCCGUAGAGGAUUUGAAGAGUUCCGAUGGAGGAGACGACGAGCAACUUGGAAAUGAGGAAAAGCGCGUAAGGUUGAGUAGGAGACAGAGGGCUUCAGGCGGUGGCGUGGCAAAUCCUGACUUGUUGACGAUUCCGGGAGUCGGGCCUAGGAAUUUGAGGAAGCUUGUGGACAAUGGGAUUGGAGAUGUUGCGGAGCUCAAGCAACUGUAUAAGGAUAAGUUCUGGAAGGCUAGUCAGAAGAUGGUUGAGUAUUUACAGAGUUCUGUGGGCAUUAUACAUAGAAAUCAUGCUGAAAGUAUAACAACCUUUAUCCAAGAAAGCGUGGAUGAAGAGUUGAAGGAUGCAAACACUGGUAUGAAGCCAGCAUCGAAGAAAAGGCUCACUUUCUGUGUGGAAGGAAACAUAAGUGUUGGGAAAACAACAUUUCUUCAGAGAAUAGCUAAUGAAACACUUGAACUGCGUGACUUAGUUGAGAUUGUACCAGAACCGAUUAAUAAGUGGCAGGAUGUUGGACCUGACCACUUUAACAUAUUGGAUGCUUUCUAUGCUGAGCCAGAAAGGUAUGCCUACACGUUCCAGAAUUAUGUUUUUGUUACGAGGGUUAUGCAGGAGAAAGAAUCAUCUGGUGGAAUUAAGCCUCUCAGAUUGAUGGAGAGGAGUGUUUUCAGUGACAGAAUGGUUUUUGUCCGAGCUGUUCAUGAAGCCAAGUGGAUGAAUGAGAUGGAGAUUAGCAUUUACGACUCAUGGUUUGAUCCUGUUGUCUCAUGCUUGCCUGGGCUUAUUCCUGAUGGCUUUAUCUAUCUUAGGGCAAGUCCUGAUACUUGCCACAAGAGAAUGAUGCUCCGGAAGAGAGCAGAAGAGGGUGGAGUCAGCCUUGAGUAUUUGCAAGGCUUGCAUGAAAAACACGAAAGCUGGCUUUUCCCAUUCCAGAGCGGCAAUCAUGGAGUAUUGUCUGUCAAUAAGCUACCCCUGCAUGUCGAUAGCUCACUUCAUCCUGAUAUAAGAGAUCGGGUGUUCUAUUUGGAGGGUGAUCAUAUGCAUUCUAGCAUUCAAAAGAUUCCAGCAUUAGUUCUUGAUUGUGAACCCAAUAUUGAUUUCAGCAGAGACAUUGAAGCAAAGAGACAGUACGCUCACCAAGUUGCAGAGUUCUUUAAAUUUGUGAAGAAGAAGAAAGAAGUCUCGGCUUCCUAUGGUGGCAAAGCAGAUGCAACAAGUAGCCAACAAAAGUUAUUGCUGCCUCAUCAAGGAGGAAUGUGGGUACCAGAUGGGAAGCAUUUUCCUGAGGCAGCACUCAAAUCUUUAGAUUUCAGACGAGCAAUGUCAUUGAUGACUGGCUCUUAAGUCUGCAUCCUUUUUCAAACCCUGGAAUCAAAUCUUGUUUCCCCUGACAUGCCUCUGGGUCAUGUCUGAUUCCUCGUCUUGUAAAAAUGUUUGUGCCUGUUAACUGGUUUAGAGAUGUAGAAAUAGGUGCUCGCUUUGUAGGUUGGGAUGCUUUCUGAUCUAAUGUCGGGUUGUGGAAGCUUUAUUUUCUUCAGAAUUAGGUCUUCUUAGGUCGGAUGUUUUUACUUGUAAUUGUCUAAGAAUUGAUGGUGGCCGGGAAUGUAGCCGAGUGGUCAACAAUGCCUAUGUCAAUGGCUUUGGUACAUCACAAUUCACUAGGCAUAACCAGACAAUUGAUUCACCCUCCGCUGUCUGUAUAUUUUGUUGAAUCAAGGUUUCAUGUUAA